AUGCCUUCCUCCCGCCAGAUCAUUACCGCCCUUGCCGCGGCCACCUUCACUGGUGUCAACGCUGCCAUGGGCCCUGCCUUCUCCACCGGCCCGGUUGCCGAUGGCUCUUGGAUCCGCGAGGCGACCUCCACUCUCGUCCUUCCCGCCGUCCCCCAGGGCAACGAAGGCGAUGCUUCCCUCUGGGUCGGCAUGGGCACCUCCAACGGUGACCUGAUCCAGUCGAUCGCCGAGAGCGCUCCCUACCUUGCGAACCCCUCCAAGUGGAGCGCCUACGCCUACACCCUUCUGUCCACGGGUGAGAACACGCAGAUGCCCGUCCAGACCGACGGCACUGACGCCGACGAGGGUGACAAGAUCACCAUGCACUACAAGUUCGACGACGCGUCGGGCAACUACACCCAGACCGUCUCCCUGAACGGCAAGCAGAUUGCCACUCUCUCCACCAGCGAUGGCCACGCCCAGGGCUGGGGCAGCUCCGUCGAGUGCGCCGAGGAGAACUGCGGCACCGUCGGUGCCCACAAGUGGAUCGACACCAAGAUCAUCCUCGACUCGGCCGACCCCAACUACAUCAACACCAUGGGCAAGGGCGAGGGCGUCACCGGCGAGAUGUCCACCAGCGACGACGGCGUCACCUGGACCGUCACCGACAUUGAGAUCCCCGAGUUCACCUUCGGCUCUUCGUAAGCGUCUCGAAAUGUUGUUGAAGGCUGGUUUCCUUGACGACUCUUGUU